CUUAUAAAUAAGGAAACACAUUAUCUUUCGAAGUUUCAAAAAUUGUGCACUUUAAAAUAAAUUGAAGAAUAUUGCGAAAUUUCUUAGGAUCUUCAAUUUUUUUUAACACGUAACACGUAAAUUUCAAAGAUAUGCCCUCGGACACCGAGCAUUGUUCACCGAAGCCGAUAUUUAAAGGGUUGACACAACUAUUUUUGAACGGUUUUGGCACCAACGAAUUACCAGAUGGAUACGUGAAAGGAGAUGAAUAUGGUCCAAAAACAAAGAAACAAGACUUUACCGAAUUAUUCACUACGUUCUACAUUCUUAUAGUACUGGCUGUCUUAUGUGUUUUAGCGUUUUUACUAAUGAUUGCUUUCUUAGUGUGGUAUUGCAACCGAAACAAAUAUAAACCAGAGCAAUGUAGAUGCCCAAAACUAUGCGCUUUAUUGCUAACUUCACUGCUUCUUUUGUCCCUCAUAUUAUUAGCGCUAUUCCUUUUCAGUACUUUCAAAAACCUUUUACAUCUGAAAAAAUUAUAUAAUAAGCCGAAGCAUGAUUCAAGUACUAAGGAUGCUGAAAUAAUGGAACGUGUAAUUGAAAUCCUUGACAACGAUUUUGGAAAAUUAAGAAAUGAUUCAAUUAAUGAAUGCAGAAAUACUCCAUCGUUGGCAGAUCUUUACCCUGAAACUACAAAAGCGAGGAGAAGUUCGAUCGCCAACCGCAGAAUGUUCGAACAUUUUAUAGAAACGUUCGUCGAAUCAAUUUUCGACAAUACUUUACUGUAUGAUGAUAUAUUUCGAAUGUUUUCACGAAAUUUUAGUGCCUUUUAUGGUGUAAGUACUUAUGGAACCAAGUAUAUUCUAAAUAAUAAUGCUAAUCAUUACAUGAAUGCAAUAUUCUCAUUAAACGACUGGGAAGGACUAUAUAAUUCAGCAAUCGCAAUCAAGGAAUUGAUGAAUUUUUACAAAAAUUCCGCGUCUUCAGAAUUACGAAGGUCACGAGUCUGCUAUCAAGUUAGUAAAUACUUUAAUAAAUUAGCUUCUUAUGCUAAAGCGCAGAAGGUGUAUCUUGGAGAAAAGCUUAAGUCACAUUCGUUAAGUAAGGAUCUGCAUAUCGCCCCACCAUAUAUAUUUGCUCACAUCGUGUGCGUUAUUGCUAUUGUGGUACUUGUGGUGUUUUUCUUACUUGUGAUGUGCUCUUUAUGUAUGAAAGGAAAUGUUAUGAUUAAAGCUCUGUUAUUUAUUUAUAUAAUCCUCACACUGCUUUUAAUACUGAUGGCGUUUGUUACAUUUUACCACUUCUUCUACGGGGUUAUUGAAUAUAAUGGAUUUUGUCAUAGAACGGAAGACAGAGCAGAUGGGAAAAAAAGUUUCAAUCAAGUAAUGUUAACGGAUUGCACCAACGAUCAAAAUUUAUAUACAUUAUUGUUGGAAAAUAAUUUGAUUCGCCCAUUUUCCAAAUGGAUACCUUUAAAUAAAACGAUAAUGCAGGAUGUCUGCGAACGCAACUGUAGACCCUUGAACGUGGCGAUCCUACAGAAGUUACAAUCAGAAGUUGAGAAAUUUCCGAAGAAAAAUCACUUUUGUAAAUUUAAGUCAGUCACGUCAUCGUGGCUAACACCUAUCCGUUUAACACAUGUCAUAUAUAAUGCGAGACUCCCAGGAUUGACAUGGAUGACUGACGAAUUUCAUGGAACUUAUUUCCACGAACGGGUUAACUUUUCGCAUUGCAAUCUGAAUCUGGCAAACAAGGCAACCAAAUUUAACCCAACAAUCAGUAAAAGUAAAUUUUGGAAAUGCCGAGCUGCCUACAGAAUUGGUAGAGAUUUUGCAGCACCCAUUCCGUCCGUCUAUGCCGAAGUUAAAGAUAUGUGUAUAACUACUAAAGAUAAAUGUAAAUACUACAACGAACACGACUUAUCAACACUCAGUGAUAACGUAAAUAAUUAUAUAACAAAUGCUGAACGCGGUCUUAAAAAUGCACUAGGAUCGUGUGCGACAAUAUUGCACAUAGUUAAAGCAAAACAUAGUAAAUCCUGUAAUUGCGAGACGUUUAUAUUGAAUGGUGUCUGGAUUGGUGGACUGCUGUUCGUAAUAACUUUGUUUUUAGCCUUACUUUUGCUGGCCGGCUUAAUAUAUAAACUUGUAAACUGCAGAGAUCAUUAUCGGAACGAAAGACACGGGCGAAGGGAUGAUGACUCUGCAGAAUCAAUACUACUGCCGCCGAUAACAUUACCAAGACAUGUAAUCGAUACACUUGAGAAUGAUGAAAAUCCUCGCGUUACCUACCACAUAAAGAAACUUAAUUAAGUGGAGGGCCUCGGCUUUACUGGAUUUAUCUUACAUGUCGAAAAAUUCAAUGAAUCUGAUUAUAAUGGGAAACAGAGAAAUUGAAAAAAUUUUAGAUUUUUUGUUAC